AGAUGAGCGUUUAUCCAGAAAAUCUGGGUAAAGACUUGACGCCAGAAAAGUUUCCGCCGAGUUUCGACGAGCAACCGGAAAUGAGAUACUCGGUCUCGUGUAAAAGCCUGAUGCCACCAUGGCUGACUUGAGCAAGGGGAGCGUGAACGGCGACUGCCGCGCGGUAGCCUCGACCUCGACCGCGUCUGUUGGCUGCGGAACAGACCCGUACGACUUCGUUGAAGAACCGCCGAAGUCGAGGCUCACCAACAAACUCCUUCGGAAACCGCGGCGUACAGAUGGUUCCGGCAGCUAUGUGCUCGUGGCGCCACACCCGGUUGGCGCCACUAUUCGGCUCCCCAGCUCUGUCGUUCGCCCAGUCAGUUACUCGAAGUCAUCGCGUCCGACAGCACCUCAAAGAGAACGUGCCGAAGAUGUUCGACCUCCAUCGUACUUCGCUAGACUGGCGAAAUCGGAAUCGUCAUUUCCGUUGAAUGGUUUCGUCGGUCCCAAAGGCGUCUUCAGCCGAAACCUGCUGCAUCCAUCGUCGGGCACUGCUUGUUCAACUGCGAAGACGAAGAACCUUAGCUACGUUAACGGUACCGUUUAUGUGAAUGGCGGUUAUCUGUCUCCCCCUCCAUUGAAGCAACAAAUUAGAGUGCCACCACCACCGCAGUUCUGUGUAUCCCGCUUCAGAUUUCCUGCUGCGUCAAAUCAAUCUGCGAUAAAUGCGUCAACCCAACAUCGCGUUUCGUCUUGCGAAGAUUCCUGGAAAAAUGCGCAGAUUUCGCCGGUUCCAAUGCCAUCUGUUCGGAAAACUUCGGAAGAAGCUCGUGUUCCGCCGAAGACUGAUACUACCAGUGCAACCUUAUUCAGCCCUGGAGUCAACGUUCUCCACAAUCCAUCCGUUUCACCGAAGUCAACUUCUAAUGAUUCGAUCCGUCUUCCAUCGUUUGAAGUACUCCGAGGUGAAGUUGCAUCACCCUCUGAAACUGUGAAUGCGUCAUCUUUGAUAACGUGGCAUGCAGAACGCAAGGAUAACCUUGUAGUAGCGUCUGAGCUGCCUACGGAAAAGACGUCCGUAGUAGUUCAGGGAAAAGAAAAGGACAAGAAAGAACCGCCGUCUGAGAAAGAGCCUCCUGUGCUGAAGGAAUGUGAUGUGCGAAGCUAUAAACAUCGGAAGAGGCGAAAGAAGAAGAAGCCGCUCAGUUCAAAUCCGAAGCGUUAUGAGACCAGAACUGUGAAUUGGGUUAAUGUUGCCCCAAAGGUGCCGGCGCGAGUGAAACCCGUGAUUGUAGAAAACGUACCGGAUGAUCUCAAGCAGCUCAGAGAUCUCCAAAUCGCUAUGCGAAUGGAGAGCAAAAGCUUGUUUCCUCUCGGUUUAGUUCCUUCCGAUAGCGAGGAUUCCGACGACGACGAUUUCAGCUUUCAAAAACACUGGUUCUUUUCGGAUUCUUCGAGCAUCAAACAAAUUGGCUGCUCAUCGCCGGUAGAUAUUCGUCGGAGGCAACUUAGUGAAAUGAAGAAGAGUUUGAAAAGGCGGAACAAGCAGCUGAAAGAAUCCUUGCAGGUUUCCGUCAUGCGUGAUGGAGAACGGAAAUUUCGGGAGGCUUCGUUGUUGAUCUCAUGUUCAAGGAAGCACUCCGGAUUAAUGGAGUAUGUUUUGGCAGAUUUCGAUGCUGCUAGUAAACCACCAACGAUGAAAGCUUUAUCCAAGAGACUCUCCGUAGCUCCAAGACGUUGCUGCUUCAUGUUAAAGAAUGAAGAAGAAUGCACUCCGCGGGAAUGUGGAGCAACGUCUCUGCCUCUGACAAGAUACUGCCGUUUACAUAUUUGGCACUGCAAAGAUCAAUACCUCUUCCAGCGAUGUGAGACAACAAAGGAGGAACAACGUUGUGAUAACCCGGCUGUGCUCACGAAGAACGAUCUGCCGAUUUGCGAACACCAUCUCUUCGCUGUAAGCGCCUCUUCCGAGAACUCGUCGCCGAUGUCCAAGACCAAGAAGCGUUCCAGGAACGGGCCACUGUUUCGACGUCGCAAGAAACGUGCCAUCGCGAACCCGGUGCUGCCUGGUUCUGUUUCUGAAACUACGACUGCUGUCGAGUGUCCGUUUGAAGCCGAGCCGCUGGAGCCUCCUUUCAUUGCUGACCCUUCCUUGCUGCUUCCUGAUAUACCCGAUGCUGAGAAUCUGCUUGACGCUGCGGAUAUUAAUGACGUGCUGUAUCACAUGCCUGACGAAGCAUUCUCGGAUCUUUUCUCGGCGGAAGGAAAUGGAGUUUUGAAUCUCGAACCGAGUCUGGAGGAGAGCAACGCGCUGGAAGAGGCACUUUUGAAAGCUUGCAACGACGUUCAAACGCUAACGGAAGGCAUUGAGAAAUUAACCGAACCUUUGCCCACGUCGGGAAGUUCACAACAGUCCGCAACGGCACUCCAUCGUCCUGAAGACGAACCCUUGAUUUCCUAUCCGACUACAGUACCUGUUGCGAUACCACCUCAACCCGCUCCGAUCAAUGUGACGAUCUCCGGUUUCACCUCGGCAACGACUUCCAUUCACAGACCCGUCACGAUUUGGAGUCAGCCGUAUGUGACUAUUCCGUCAGUGAUGGAAACGCAGCCAGUGUUUGUGUCCCAGAUUCCGACUGCUCCGCCGCCGCCGCUGCCACCGUUGAUUCCGAAACCACGAGAGAUCGUGUUGGAGACCCACGUGAUACCGACACCGAUGGAGCGGCGAGUCGGAAAUGCGUCUAUUAGGACAGUGGUGACCCUUGCCCCCGUGUCGCGGCCAUGA